AUGCUGCCCGCUCGCAGAAAAGCCGUCGCGCUGGCAACUCAGCGUCUAGGGCAAAUCCGGGCGCAGCAUGCCCGAUCUACCCCCUCGGAACCCAGCGGUCUCUCCGGCUCCGACAAGCUCUUUGCCGAUGCCCUCCUGGAAGAGGCAGAGGAGGUUCGACCUGGGUCAUCGCGGGACCACCUCCGCCUGACACAGGGGGAGAUAUGGACGGGGGACGAGUCCCAGGCGGAUGCGGUUCUGCGGAUGCUGGUGGACGCGCACAAACCGCUCAGAUCGGGAACGGCGCUGAGCGGCGAUACGGCCGACAAGAAGAUCAAGGGGAUGCUGGCGAAUCUCAUGCUGGACCCCAGGCUGCCAUUACCCCGUCCGGCGAUCGUCGAGAUGGCGGACCCGGAAAAGCCUAAUGAGCACCGUACGACCCUCCCUCCGCAUCUCCACCGGCCGUGGCAUGCGACCUAUACCGGCGCCAAGGUCGAGAUGGACGAGACACCCAAGGUCAAAUACGGGACAUUUAUACGGAAGCGGGCUACAGGGGACGAUCUAUCCAAUAUCCUGGAGCUCCAGCUUCCGCCGGGGGCGGAUGGGAAGACGAGAUCGAGAGUGAGGGAUGCAAGGCGGUCGCAUCGCAAGGUGACGCGGCUGGAUAAUGCGAGGGAGGGAGCGCUGGACUAUCGCCUGGGACAGGGAGCAGAUGAGUAUGAAGAGGGAUCGUAUGUCGAAGAGGAGGAGGAGGAGACGUUUAGUGGGAACCGGCAGGUCAAGGGGUCGAGUGUACUGGGAACGCAGAAGGGAGGUGCGAGUGGAUUGCGAGCAUGGCAAGGACUGGUGGAGGAUCGGAUACAGCGGGCCAGGGAGGCUGGCCGGCUCACACCCACGAAAGGUCUGGGGAAACCAAUACCGAGUGACGAGAAUGCCGGAAAUCCCUACAUUGACUCGGGUGAGCUCCUCAUGAACCGGAUCGUCAAGCGGCAAGGCGCUCUCCCACCCUGGAUCGAGCUCCAGAACAAUCUCGACGCCACACUCAACGCAUUCCGCACUACCCUUCUUCAAACAUACACCACCCACCUCGUCCGUAAUAUCAUCGCUAGCAAUACCCUCGAGAUCCAAAUCCCGGAUCAUGCCGUGCCCAACCACGACGAGGUAUGGGAAGCGAGGGAACGCAAAUUUCACGAGGAGAAUAUCAAGCAGAUCAACGAUUUGGUACGGCGGAUGAAUGCGCAGGCGCCGGCCAUGCUCAUUCGUCGGCCGCUGGUCACGCUGGAUAUGGAGAUUAGUAGGGUACGGAGGGAUCUGAGGGAGAGCGUUUUGGGGGAAGUGCAGCGGCGGGCGGCGGAUCAUCGGGCGGCUUUGCUGCUGCCGAAAAAAUCAUCGCCGUACUAUCUGGAGUCGGAGAGCUUGUCACGGAUAGGACGCGCAACUCGGCGGUCCCUGUGGACUCUGGCGCAUCCGCUUCGGGCCGUCAUCGGCAAGGGCAACGUCGGCGGAGUGGGCGGAUCCACCUCAUCAGAUGGCGGGCAAGACUCUGACCUGCCGGACCAAGGUGGUCGGCGUCUCGGCCUCUUCUUCGUUGCUGGGCUCGGUGUUGCAGGUCUCGUCUACCUCCGUCAACCCACCAAAAACGACUCUCAGUUCGAGCACCUCUUCCCCCUCUCCCCACCUCCAAAAGUCGAUCCCUCCACCCCCUCCCAUAUCAACGCUAUUUCCCCCGAAGAACCCCUUAUCGGCCCCAUCACAUUCGUCAAGCUCUACAUCCUCGAGCCCAUCCUCACCUUCUUCCGCUUCCUCCACCUCGCCACCCUCUUCGGUCCCGUCAUCCUCACCUCGCCCAUGCUCUUCGUAGGCAAGGUCGAGCGCCGGCGGCGCGGCAAACCAAUCGACGGGGAAGAUGAGAAUUGGGGAGCGGUCUGGUGGUAUGGCUUCCUCGUCAAGCAGAUGGAGCGCGCCGGACCUAGCUUCAUCAAGCUCGGUCAGUGGGCUGCGAGUCGUGCGGAUCUGUUCCCGGCUUCGCUGUGCGACUUGAUGAGCAAGCUUCACUCGAACGGUAAACCCCAUUCGCUCAGACACACUCGGAAAGCGCUGGAAGGGGCGUUUGGGAUCACGUUUGAAGAGGUCUUUGAGGAGUUUGACGAGACGCCCAUUGGAUGCGGUGCUAUCGCUCAGGUGUACAAAGGGAAGCUCCGAGCAGACCUCAUCCCCCCCACCCACGAUCACAGCCAACAUUCCCCCGAUCUCGUACCUACCACCUCGGUCGCCAUCAAAGUCCUCCAUCCCCGCGUCCGCCAGCUCGUCCGGCGCGAUAUCGCCAUCAUGUCCGUCUUUGCCAACAUCAUCAACCUCUUCCCUGGUAUGUCGUGGCUGUCGCUACCGGAAGAAGUGCAGGUGUUUGGGGAUAUGAUGAACCAGCAAUUGGACCUCCGGGUGGAAGGAUCGAAUCUGGAGCGGUUUGAGCGCAACUUUGCAGGAAGGGGCGCGAGGGUCGUCUUUCCCCGCCCGAUCCGGCUGGGCUUGAUGGGUGAUGGGGCGCAGAGGGAGGAGAGUAGGGAGGUGUUGAUGGAGGAGUUUGAGGAUGCUUUGCCGUUGAAGUAUUUCUUGAAGAAUGGAGGUGGGCCGUAUGAUGAUCGGAUCGCCAGUAUAGGUCUUGAUGCGUUCUUGGAAAUGCUCUUACUCGACAACUGGACACAUGGCGAUCUGCACCCCGGUAACAUCAUGGUCCGAUUCUACAAACCUACCUCCUCCGACCUCUUUGCCCCCCUCCUCUCCCGCUGGUCCAAGCCCAAAGAGCAAGACCUCUCGGAAAUCCCCGAACACUCCAAAUCCGCUGAUGCGCUCGUCCACUCCCUCUCGGCGGUCGCGCACGACGGCGACAAGUGGCUGGGCCGCCUCGAAGAGCUCGCUGAGCAGGGGUACGAGCCCCAGCUCAUCUUCAUCGACGCUGGACUCGUCACCUCCCUUGACGGUCGGAACCGGCGCGACUUCCUGGAUCUCUUCCAAGCCGUCGCCGAGUUUGACGGCUAUAAGGCCGGCAAGCUCAUGGUCGAGCGCUGUCGUACGCCCGAGUACGCCAUCGACGAAGAGACAUUUGCGCUCAAGAUCCAGCACCUUGUAUUGAGCGUCAAGAGCAAGACGUUCUCCUUGGCCAAAAUCAAAAUUUCGGACAUCCUCACGGACGUCUUGACGGCGGUGAGGCAGCACCAUGUCAAGCUGGAGGGGGACUUUGUGAAUACUGUCAUCUCGAUCUUGCUGUUGGAGGGGAUUGGGCGGCAGUUGGAUCCGGAGAUGGACCUGUUUAAGAGUGCGCUCCCGAUUCUCAGGCAGGUCGGGAGGCAGAUGGGGACGAGGGAGGCAAUCUCGGCGGUGCCCAAGGGGAAUAUCUGGGCUAUGGUCAAGCUCUGGGUGUGGGUCGAAGCUAGGCAGGUCGCAGGCGAGGCAUCUGCCGUGGAUCAAUGGAUCAAGUAUGAUCGCUUCAUGCCGGCUAUGUAG